AACUAGUGACUGAAAAAUGGCCAUGUAGGCGCGAUUGACCAUUUUCUCACCACAUAACCCGAAAAUACAGAGCCGCAGUUAUCCAUUCAUAACCCACCCACAAAAUUCAAAUUGAUCCAUAACCCAAUACACUCAACAACCCAUGAACGUGAAAAUGGCGGUGUGUUUUUCAAUGGCUCUGGUUCUCUCAACAGUGGAAGCAAUAAGUCAUCAGUACCCGGUGGUUCUAAUACCCGGAAGCGGCGGCAACCAGCUGGAAGCCCGGCUGACGCCGGAGUACAGAUCCUCAAGCUUGGUGUGCAACCGGUGGUACCCUCCGAACAAGGACGUGGGUGGGUGGUUCAGGCUGUGGUUCGACCCGACCGUGCUGUUCGGGCCCUUCACCGUAUGCUUCAACGAGAGGAUGAUGACUAUUUAUGAUCCAGAGACGGAUGAUUACCACAAUGCCCCUGGUGUUGAGACUAGAAUCCCUCAUUUUGGGUCAACUGAAUCCCUGCUUUAUUUGAAUCCCAACUUCAAGAAAAUCACAUCAUACAUGGAACCUUUGGUAAAGUCUCUAGAAAAGAUAGGGUACAUAGAUGGCAAGAACCUCGUCGGCGCCCCAUACGACUUCCGGUACGGACUAGCUGCUGCAGAUCACCCCUCGUACGUCGCCUCAAAGUUUCUAUCAGACCUCAAAAACCUCAUAGAAUCAGCCAGCAAUUCGAAUGGAGACAAACCAGUUAUCCUUCUCACGCAUAGCUUGGGAGGCCUAUUCGCCCUGCAGCUGCUGAACCGUACCUCAAUCCCCUGGCGCAAACGGUACAUCAAACACUUGGUGGCAUUGUCCGCUCCCUGGGGUGGAACAGUAGAUGAAAUGCUGACAUUCGCAUCAGGGAAUACACUAGGUGUCCCCUUAGUCGACCCGUUACGUGUAAGGCAAGAACAAAGGAGUAGUUCAAGUAACAUGUGGCUUUUGCCCUCGCCCAAAGUGUUCGACGUGACCAAGCCAUUGGUGGUCACACCCAAGGCCAAGUAUUCAAGUUCUGAUAUCGCGAGGUUCCUCCAAGACAUUGGGUUUCCUGAAGGAGUUCGUCCUUACAAGACGCGUGUUUUGCCUUUGCUGGAGAGCUUUCCGGCACCCUAUGUCCCAGUGACGUUAAUCAUUGGGAGUGGGGUGAAAACGGCGGAGGAAUUGAUAUACAAAGACUUGGACUUUGACAAGUCCCCGGAGAUCAAGUAUGGGGAUGGCGAUGGGACGGUGAACAUGGUAAGCCUGUUGGCAUUGGAAUCAGCGUGGGGUGGCAGGGAAGAUCAAUUCAUUAAGGUGAUCAAGAACCAUGGGGUGUCUCAUACUGCUAUACUUAGAGAUGAGAUUGCACUUGAUAGAACUUUGGCAGAGAUUUCUUCUCUUAAUACUGAAAUUUGUUCAAGACUUUUGCCUACCGAGAGGGACAUUGUUGAUGCUGCUAGCGGUGGUGCAUUAGUGAACAAAACCCCCGCUCAAGCGAGGGAGCUUUUUAAUACCAUUGCCCAAAAUACCCAACAAUUUGGAACUCGUGACAAUGUAGUGAGGCCGGUUAGCGAGAUAGGGAAUUCAUCUUCUUUAGAAUAUAAGCUUUCUGCCUUAACUGAUGCUAUUUCUAAACUUGUUGUGGGUAAUAUAGGGGAUAGUAAGGGUAAACCUUGUGGAGUGUGUUGCUUGGAAGGUCAUCCCACUGAUGCGUGUCCAACACUCCAAAAUCCUGAAGUCAAUGCUUUGUUUUUCAAUAAUAACAACCAAAAGAAGUAUGAUCCUUUUUCUAACACUUAUAACGAGGGUUGGAGAGAUCAUCCAAAUCUGCGUUAUGGUCCUCCGAGAGGUAAAAUCUGAAUUUUUCUAAUAAUCCACCUCCCCAGCAAGAUAGGGCAACCCAGAUGUUAGAACAAGUGCUUAAAAAGAUGGAUGAUAAAUUUACUUCGGUUGACAUAAGUCUUAAGCAACUUCAAGAAAGACAAACAGCCUCU